AUGGCAAAUAUUUUAAAGCAGCUUGUUGAAGGCAAUCUAGAUGUUGAAGUUAUUAAGAAACAUUUGUCUAAUGGAAAAUUGCAGGUGAGUUUAUUGCUUGUGGUUUAUAAUCAUAAAUAUUUCUGCAUAAUUUUUUUCUGUGUUGGUGUAAUGUACUCAGGUGAAUAUGAUGUUUGUGAUGUUACUCUGAGUGUAUAUCCACACCGGGCAAGCUUGAAAAAUAUGCCUAGUUGGUAUGCUAGUAUUCCAAAGGUCGUAGGUUUGAUUCCCACCAUGGCCAGGCAUAUUUUAAUAUUUUUCAAGCUUGCCCGGUGUGGAUAUAUACACUCAAGAGUCUUGGAGUAACAUCACAAACAUUUCUGCAUAAAUUUUACCAGUAUUACAGUAUACUGUUGAAGAUAUUUGUAGAUUGGAAUUUUGAAUGUGAAUUAUAUGCAUUUAUUAGACCUAACAGGAGCGGUUAGGCCAAAUAAAAAAAAAAAAAACUUGGUUAGCGUCACCGCCUGCCUCUCGAUUUUCUGCCGCCUCUUUUUUUAUGUAAAUCUCUUCGUUUUACAGCUUAAUUAAAACAGUUUAAUAUUUGAAAUUUUUCUCAUGUUCAGACGCGCUAUAUACUGAUCGAUAGGAGCGCAUAGGCUUGGGUAUACAAGGUUCUUAAAGCAACAUGGCGGCCUUUGCAUCAGUACAAAAAAUAUCACCGAUAUGGUGGAAAAACUGCCCCCAUCCCCCCAAAAAAUACUAUUAAAAAAUUUAAAAACGAGUAAAAAUUUUAAAAAAACCGCCCGCCCGCCUCUGAAAAUUUGUGAGAGUGACGCUAACCAAGUAUUUUUUUUAUUUGGCCUUAUGAAAAAUGCAACUAUAGGCUCUCUUCCAGUACAGCACUCUAACUGAGCUACAGAGUCCAGUUUGCAGUUAGAGUUCAACAAGUGGACUCUGUAACUCAGUUGGUUAGAGCGCUACACUGGAAUCGCAGGGCUGCAGGCUUGAUUCCUGCCAGAUGAUCUAUAGUUGUAUUUUUGUAACAUGUACUCGAAAUUCCAUCUACAAAUUCCUUCAACAAUUUGAUUCUAUCAAGUGAGAUAUCCAAAAUCGUGAUAUUUAUAAAUGUACAAUUUCUAAAAUAUUUCAGCAUUUGUGGAAUAAUGACGAUCUUAGCCAAGCAAGUUUUAAAACGACAGAAUUUAUCCCCUACUUUCUGAACUACAUACGCGAGGAAUCCUCGUGCCACUUCACGUUGGACCUUCCUGUCAUUUCUCCCAAGAAGAUUAAGAAGAAACGAAGGCUCCCCAGAAAUCGUACACCCACAUCCGACACAAGUAAUGACUCAACAAAGAGCAGCGCAAGGGGCAGCUUGUUCUCAACUCCCCCGUCAGGGAAAGGGGUUAAUGUGACUCUGAGUCCAAUUGGGAGGGUGCAGUCGAGGAAAGUCAAGGAAUCACCAACUAUAAAUGACUCUCCUGUGGCCAAUCAUCAUUCAGGAAAUUCAUCGGAUGGUAGCGAGAGAAGCAAGGUGUUACAUGUGACGUCAACACCUGUCAAAUUUAAUCUAGAUGAGGAUUUUCCACCUGUCAGCUCACAGAAUAUUUCUGCAAGGUGGGUAAAGUCUUUCAGCAGCAGUUGCCUAAACAACAGGGGAGGUUCCCCUCACCGCUUUUCACUCACACGGGGAGGAUUGCAGGAGCAUACUACACCCCCUCUUAUAAGUAACAUUUCUACUGGAUAACUAUCAGUUCUAAAAGUUCUGAUCUCCCUAAAGUGAACCUCUACAUGAAGAAACCACCAGAUAAAAGCUCCACCCAGAGGAACCCUGUUAUUCUCAUGUGUUACUCAGGCAUGCAAAUUGCAUAUCACACAGUUACACACGUAAAAACACACAAGUUGUUACAGGUCUGCAAACAAGUGGUAACAAGUCUGUUCACAAGCUUUCGACAAGCUUUCGAGCUGUUAACAACUUGUAACAAGAAUGAUGGCAUUAUCAGACUUGUUACAAGGUUACAGUUGUGAUAUAACAAGAAUGUUGCAAAGUCGACAACACAAGGUUGUAACAAUAUUGUUAUAUCAUGACUGGAUAAGGCUUGUUGGAACAACCUUGCAACAAGUACAGUAAUAUCAAUAAGGUUGUUAACAAGUUGUUCCAUACUUGUUGACAACUUGGGACAAGCAGUGCGAGCACAACUUGUUGACGGUUUGUUGGCAGACUUAACUUUCUAUAGAUGUGAGAUUUUCGCGUGUACUGUAGGUGAAAAUAUCAGAUUAUUACUUUGUAUAGGAAAAGUUCCACACCGACACGACGGAUCACACCGACACCAGCCCGAGCUCGAAGAAACUCCUCCAAUGCCUUCAACAGUUUUACAUUUGAAAAUUCCUUUGAAUCCGAGCGAUCAUUCUCAACAGACAAACUGAAACAACGACACAAACACGGCAGCAACUCAGCCAGUCCUAAAAAUGCUCGCAAAGCAUCUGCAAAGUUGAAGCUAGAAGACUUUAUGCAGCAAGGAUCGAGAAAUCGCACGCCGGCUCGUUCUCAGCGCGAGAAUGCAGAAGAUGUGAAUAUUUCUUCUUGUAGUGACAUGGACCGGAGUGUUCUAGAUAUCUCGGAGAGUAGUACAGCCAAUUGUAUUAAUGCAAGUACUGACAAGCGUAUAUUACCAAAACUGGACUUGGUCACAGAAUGCAAUAUUCUUCAGCGUUUAGCUGAAAUUCACUCAUUUUGUAUUCUAGGUAAAUAUUUUCUUAAGUGUUUCGUUCCGUGGAAAAAAAAACAUGUUUAUUUGGUAAAAGCUCUAGAUCCGUAAUUGGGAUCUUCUUCAGCGCAAAUAAUAUCUUCUCGUGCGAGAACCUUUACGAGGACGGCCUGGAGAUGACAUUCGAUCGCCAUUGAUCGAUGUCCUCACGUGUCAUCGUCCUGAGUUUCAUGUUCUCCUUCAUUUUAUCUUCUCAUCUUUUGUCCGGCCUUUUAUUUUUCCUGGAAUUGCUGUGAUUCCGCUCAUCUCAGAGAUGAUUGGUGAGGUGGCUGUGUUGAUAAAGUAGCCUGUGGGGAGUGGUCUGGGGAGUCUUAAAGUAAUCCAAAUUAACCAGUGUAUAUUGAUUAGAUAGCAAUACAACUGAGCUUUGGAACCAAAUUAUAAUGUAUCACUACUUUCAUUCUUCAACAAGAUAACUUGAAGAUUUAUGAUAGCAAAUAACUAAAUCAGUUUUAGGAAGUAGUAUGUCGUUUCGGAAACAACCAGGAUAUAAAGUAGACCAGGUUGAGGAAAAAUAACUUUGUUUAAAAGCUCAGAGUGGAGGAAGGAAUGCAGAAUUGAUAUUUCAAGUACUAAACAAAGUAACCGGCGGUGAACCUCGCGGCGCCCGCCAGCCUAUAAUCUCACAACUUCUUUUCAAUAAAUCCUACCUUGGCCAUGCCUUUCCCUGUGCGCAGGGCCAUCUUUCUGAUCCGUACAUUAGUUAGUCAAUCUAAAUGCUCCAACUCGUUCAUUAUCCUUCCUGUGAUUUUUAGAAAAUUUGGUGCCAAACAUUGUGGUUGAAAUGUGUUUCAUUCUUCAGCUUCUAACCGUGGAAGGAAAAUCUGAUCCAGAAAACGGUAUCACGUAUUAUACCCAUCAAUUCAAAUAAAUCCAAAUUUGUAUAUUAUGUAUCCAGCAUUCCAUUAUUCAUUUUGCGUUAACUUUCUGUCCAUUUGUGCAGAUCCUGCAAGUUCGCGGUAUCUAAAGAGCGUUCAUAACUGUGUGUUCUAUGCCGUCCUUGUCCUUCAAAGAUUAUUCAGGUACUGCGAAAUUUACUGUAUAAUGACUAUCAAGCUUAACAAUUUACUUCACGGCAAGGUAGUGGGUGCUGAAAUGCUGAGAAUCGACAUAUUGUAAUUUGAUAAGCUAAAAUUCUUCACAUGCGUCGUAACUUCUUAAUUAAUCUUCAUUCCAGAAUUAUCAGACUGCUGGACAAAGGGACCUUACGAUUACUACUGGAUAACGCACGGGUAAGUCAUCUCCUAACAUGAAAUUCUCAGCACAUGUGGUGUCGUGCUCACCAAGCUUGCCUUCGUCUCCCAAGCUGGGUUGCCUUGGGAGACCCGGGUUCAAUCCUUGCUCGGACCUCUACUCAAGCUCUUAAAAUAAUUGAGGAGAAAGAGCUACCUUUACAUUGACAUCAGUAAAUGGUUAGACUUUUGCGUCUUCUGGGAUAAGGAAGUUAAAAACGUACGUACCUUGGAUCGCCUAUCAAUUGGGCAAUAUAACCUGUUGGAAAUCCACUCACCGAUGAGUGAGAAACUCAAUAAAAUAUUAUAAAAAUAGAAGAAAAAUCUUUUAUUUUCUAAGCGUUGAUGUUGUUGUUUCAGAUUAUUGAAUUUUCAAACAGUUUUGAUGAAGAAUUAAAGAACAUUUAUCCAACUAUAUCGAUAAACAAGGUAGAGAGUUAUGACAUUUUGACACUUGUUCUGAAACAGAACGCGACAGCACUGUAAUUCUAACUAAACCGCACCAUAACCAUACCGUCACAGCAACCCACCGUAGGCAUGGUUUAAAUAUAGCAAUGAGUCAACAUUUCCUUCAUAAAUUUAUAGGUGCCAUAUUCUUUGUUGAAGUCUCCAUUAAACAGCGUACCAUUUCAAGCCAGCCUUGACAACCGUAACAACUUUUCAACAGAUCUAGCUUUUCAUUGUUUUAAACGACAAAGGUAAUUUGGAUAAUACAGGUUGAUUAAGAAGUUGUCAUAAAUGCAUGACUGUCUUUCCACCUGAGUGACUGGGGUUCGAUCCCUAAUACGCAGUUGUCUGAUUAGAAUUUCUCCUGCAAUAAAACAGGGAUACAUUUUAUGAAAUAGUUCGGGAAUGGGAAGACCAGUGCGGCAAGCCUGGGUGGUCUUUGGAAGAAAAAUUAGGAGAUAAAAUAAGGUAAGUUUUAAAUAGGUAAAGUUCUAUUCACUUGCAAUUUUGAUGUUUUCAAAAAAUCAACGUUUUCACUGACUUAGCGAGUUUCCUCUGUUCAUGUAGAUAUGUCGUUCAUCAGAAACCCGGCCUAUCAAACCAAGCUCAUUUUGCGAGAUUAUUUCAGUCCCAGUUAAUACAGGUGAAGAAGUAUGGUCAUAAUAGAGACUGAAGUAUCACUACCUCUCAAUCUCUCAUUGGCUCAGUACGCGUCUGAUUGGUUAAUCGGAUCUAUCAAACGCAUGUGAUUGGUUGAUAGAGACCUUACGAUUUUAGGACGGCAACGCGACGGCAACGGCUACCAAUACAAUAGAUCAUUGAAAAGAAUUGAGUGAUUACAAUAUAUGAAUAAUUUAGACAUUGUCCUCGCUCUGUUCACAACGCCAAAUCACAGAUUUUCACGUCUUGAUACAACGGCUGCAUUUCAAGCCGCAACAAGUGCAACUUCAAACUGGGUUCAGGAGAACUCUUCCCAACCAUAAAACCCAUGUCUUCAACUUCUAAGACUGUAUUAAAUUCAUACGAUUGAUAAUAUACGACGAACUAUCUUUACUACCAUUUAUUUGAAGGAGUUUGUUUUGGCCGUCGCGUUGCCGUCCUAAAAUCGUAAGGUCUCUGAUAUUCCAUUAAUGGUAUAGCGGUAGUGGAAGCCAAAUCUGGAUCUCUCUAUUUUAUGUUUGUGUCUGAACUACUUGGAAAAGAUUUUUAACACUUAGAUGUUUCCGCAACUCUUAUUUUUCAGAUGUGCUGUUAUGAGAAUAUUCUACCAACUUUCAACGAAGGUGAAUCGCCGGAAUUUGUGGGAAAUCUUUUCAAAUCAAAUCCUGAGAAAUUUUUCAGGUACCUAUAUUAGUACUUAUGCACGUGAACCUCGAGAUAUUGCAGACUUGGUGAUUUUUCUUUCUUGUAUUCCAGACUUCAACAGCGACUUGUUGCUCCACAGUCGACAACAGCUGGACCAUGUCCUUCGCCAGGUUUCACGGAAACUGAGGAAUUUUUCCGGGAAUUUAUAGUCGCUGCAAUGAGGUACUGUACAUGUUUCCACAAGUGGCAGAAUAUAUUGGCUAUACAAUAUGACGUGUGUGUAAUCACAUGUGUUGUUUUAUUUCAUUUCAAUAGCCCGUCAUUCAACAGAUAUUUGAUGGAUAGUUUUAUUGUCAAGAUUAACGAGGUCAGUAUUACAUGAGGAAAUAGAAGCUUAAUUAUAUUAAUUGCAACACAACCAUGGAAACCUUACCUCAACUUUAGCCUAACUUCAACAUAACCACAACCUAAAUCGAACAUCAAUUAUACAGGGGUGGAAAAAAUAGGCGAGCACGCGAGCUGCUCGCAGGAAAUGUUAAAUAGCUGCAGAAAAUUCGUUUGAAUGAAGAUUUGGUAUUAAAAAUUUGAAGGGGACCUUAAAACCCAUGUCUCACUAUGGGCGCAACAACAUAUGGUGGACGGACAUUAUUCCUUGAAUUUAAAACCGUGGUCAGCUAGAACACUAUAUGUUUACGCACAUGCAGAUUUAGCACAAAAAUACUCCGUUGCUCUGCAGGAAAAUUUUGUCUCCAGGUUGUGAUCCCAGGAAGAAAAUUAUUUUUUCCUGUCUUGCAUCAAAAGAACCCAACCUCUGUUUAACCUAAACGAAACGUAACCAUGACCUCACCCCAGGCAUUAAAAUAGCGUGUCCUUGUACACACUUUGUGUCCUUGUAAAAGGCGAAUGUGCCCUUGUAAAUUGAAAAGUGUGUACUUGAAAAUAUAUUAAACAGAAAAUAUAUUAAUGUAAUCUACGCAAAAUGGCCAAUAUUUUCCAAAUUCUGUUCUCAGAACACUGGAAAUGCCAUUUCAGAGACCCCCUUAAAAGCUCGCGUCUUCGACGCUAAACUUGUGGCUUCGCCAAUCGUUCUCGUGAGUCUGCGCAUGUAUACCAAAAAUACGUCUCUGAAGGCAAAGUGUGUCCUUGUAAAAAUUCCGUAUUUUAAUGCCUGCCUCACACCCCUAGCCAAAACCUAACCAUACUUUACUAAUCUAAGCAAAACCUAGCGCCUCUACGUAACCGCUAGCCUACGCUGUAGAUGUGUAGACCCCCUUUACUUUACAACAAUGUUAAAUUUUGUGAUUUGACAUUUACCAUAAUACAUAUAAUUUUUCGUUCAGUUGAACAGCAUAUCAUUAGAUGAAGAUCUUGAUAACUCAGUCGCAGAGGAGGACAAAAGCAGUAAACUUCAAAUGAAAUUUGCUUCAUGUUUAAUCACCUUAAGAACGUUGGCAAAAUUUCUCGGUUUCCUCGUCUUUUCUCCUUAUCAUAAUGCUGCAGAUUUUCCAACAUCAGUCAAGGACACGUUAAUAUCUGCCAGAAAUCAGGUGUGUGAUGUAUUCAGGCCUUAAAAUAUCGGUCAGAGAAUGUUCUAUGACUUUGAGUCCGACAUAUGUAUUGUGAUGUCCGAUGGAUGUCCGAUGACUUUGACUUCAGUUUGGUUGGAAAUAAGUAUGAAUGCAGACUAAAUUUAAUAUCAGCACAAUUUGGAAAAAUCCUUUGAAUCUUGACAAUGUAUUUCCGAAUCCCACGUUGAAAACACAGUCCCACUUGAUUACACAUUUCCAGUUCACUUUUUAUACAUUACUUUGACUCUCCAUUUAACAUACAAGCCUCUAGGAUAGAUUUUGAUUCACGUUGGACAAAACUACAUUUAGGUCGGACACCAACUCACUCGGACAAACAGUAAACCUCAGUUUCACUUAGGUCGGACAGAAUGUGUCCAGUGGUUUCCUCUCUGCACGUUGGAGAAUUUCACGAAUGGGUCUGUGUAUUAGGUCUGAUUUAGGAUAAAUUUACUCAUUGAUCUCUAGAGAUGAGGUUUGGUAACAAAAAGCAGAAGCUUCCAAUAUUGUUUCAAGAUCUCUAAAAGAUAUCUGGUUAGAUAAGAACCAUGAAUGCCCGAUCCUUUUAUUUUCUGCAAUUUUUGGAAUUAAGCUUACCAAUUAUUUUUCAUGAUAGGUCACACAACAAGUAGAUGUAAUGUUUUACCUGAGAAAGGCACGGUCUGAGCAGAGACUGGUACUGACACUACCCUGGGUGAUUGAAUACCUCAGUAUGAUGGAUGGCGUUAGUCCAUUCCUAGACUACUACAACGAGGUCUUUGACUUCUUGCAUCAAAUAUACAG